AUGGCAUUCGACCCAGUGAGCCCUUCGCUGCGCGAACGGCUCCUGACAGCCAUCGGAGCUUCACUGCACUCGACCUUCGAGCCCUUGCAAGGCUUCCACGGUGGCAGGAACGAAGGCAUCUGGUUCGUGAAGGGAGGAGGUGAGACGUUGGUGGUGAAGCUGGUAAAAUUUGAUCCGUCUACCCCUUCACAACUGGUAGAGGAGCAAAUGUUCCGCAAGCUCUUUCAGGAACUCGGACCAAGCAUCACAGAAGAUCCGAACGUGGCGUUCCCUGUCAAAGUGUUCCGACUAUUGGGGCCAAACAAUGUUCGUGAGCAUGAUCUGAUUGUGAUGAAAAAGGCUCCCGGAAAAUCGUUGAGCUACGUCAUCCCGGAGAAGUGGAGGACGGGCUGCAAAGCCGAUCUCAUGCACAUCUUCAGGAAUGUUGGCAAGUGCAUGGCGAAUUUUCACAGGCGGUACGGUGGCCGGCAGCACAAUGAUGCCGGAGUCCAAAACAUAUUGUGGGAUGAGGAAACAGAGCAUGUGACAUUCAUCGACCUUGGUUGCGUGGGCAACAAGACCGACAAGACGGACGUGGAACUCUUCAGCCAGGUCCCUGCCUGCAAAUGUAACGAGUUCAGAGUCUCGGAAUUUCUUGGCAUUUAUGAAAACGCCCACCCACCCAGAGAAUCCCAAACCAUUACAAAGUAG